AUCAUUUUCAUUUGAAUAUUCUCACGCCGGCAAUUUGGAUCUUUGUUCAUGGCAGGAUCAACCCAGGACGAAGGAAAAUAACUCUUGUUGAUUGUCCUCAAAUGACCUCAACGUCUUUACUUGGUUCAUUGGAGGACCAGCCAAGUCGAAGGUUGUCUCGUCCUCCUUUCAGUUAAUUCAGUGCAUCCAAUCAAAUCCUUGGUCCACUAUCAGUUCACCCGAAACUUGAAUACAUAGGUUUUUCGUUCAGAUGUUCCCAACUCCCUACCCCCUACGUGCUCUUCUAUGGGAAAUUAUUUCAAAUGGCUUUGGCGUCCCCAAAUCUUCCACUCCCUUCAGCUCCGCACCCCAAAACCCUCCAUCCCCUUCCUCCCUUCGCCGCCUCUGGCGUCGCGGGCUGGCCGGAUCCUCCCCUGCCUCGAAGCCACGGAGCCGCCGGAUCGCACGCCCCCGGCCCUCACCAGCGGCCUCCGCGCCGACCUCGCCCGCCGGUACCACCGCUCCAUCCAACCGCCCCUACUUCUCGGCUUCAUCAGCGCCGCAGGCUUCCAACCUGCCGAGGCGCCCCAUCCCUCGGCCGCCGCCGCCCGCGCGGUCGCAGGCGCCGCCGACUUCUCCUUCGACUUCGUCCCUCGCCCCACCAGCUUGAACCACCGCUGGCAUCCGUGCGAUGUCCGCGACGGCCGUGUCCUCGUCGACUGCAGGCGCUUCACGGAAGACGACGACGAGGAGGAGCGCUUAUCCUUGGACCUCGCGGUGUGCGACCCCUUGUCCAGGCGAUACCUGCUGCUGCCUCCCAUGACCGAUGACCUGCUCGCCUCCGUCGGCCUCCGAAACCAAGACAUGUUCAAUUCCGGUGCCUCCUUUAUCCCUUCUGAAGAUAUGGAGGACGAGACAUCAUUCAGUGUGAUGUGCUGGAUGCAUUCCAAGACCAAGUUUGUGGUAUUUUUCUUCUCUUCAUGCUCUGGCCAUCGCCACUGGAGUGUUGGUGCAUCUACCAGUUGGGAUGAUCUAGGCUUGCACGAACAAGUCGACUCGCUGGGUUCAUGCCAAUGCGUGUAUGGCUGCUUCUAUUGGAAACUGAACUACACAAACAAGCUGCUCAAGCUUGACAUGAGCACUAUGGAGUUAUCCACAUGUGACCUCCCUCCUGAUCAUGAGGAUGGGGAUAUCGUCAUUGUGGAGUCAGGGGAAGGCAAGGUUGCGAUGUUUAGUCAACUUGGUGCAGGCAGAUCAGUGGAUUAUUACAACCUUUUGCAAGAUGGCACUGAGAAGUCCCAUGAGUGGCAUAUCAAGGGUACCAUCCCAUUGCCAGCCCAGUAUACUAGUGAAUUCUACAUUAGUGGUCCAGCUGAAGGAUGCAUUUUUCUAGCAGGCACUCAAAAAGAACAGGAUGCGGUACAUUCAGUGUUCUUCUCACUUGAGAUUAAGUCUUUCAAAAUUGAGAGGGUCAGUAGGAAAACCUUUGCCUUUCGCUAUGCCCUUCCGUAUUUUGGAUUCCCGCCAUCUAUGACUCUAAGAAGAAUUCAAGGAUAUGAAGUGGUAAGAGUUUUAUCAUAAGUGCUUGCUGGCCUUUUACAUUUCACAGACCUUUAAGUUUCUAUCACAUACUCACAUGACUGUGAUGCAGGAAUAACUUUAAUUUUGUAGUGCACAUUCUAGGCAUUUACACCUUUUGAUGCUCAACAUUGAUUGUGGCUUUUCUAGAUCAUUCUGGUCACCACG